UUUACAGAUAUGACGUCACGGGGCAUGAUUUACUGAAUGAUCUAAGAGUUUGUGACGUCAGACCGUGAGGCGUACACCUGGCGCCAUUGUCUGAUACGGCUCCGUUCAAAUUAACAGAUUCAUUCACGGUUGAUAAACCAGAUCAGCUAUAGGACAUUACUGAGAUCAGGGUUUGAGUCGCCAGGCCAGUCUCCAGUGGACUGUUUGACCACUGAUCUUUGGGAAAACAGCUGCAGGACAUCUGGACCAAACCGAUUAUCAACAGCGAACGAGCGAACUCUAGCUUAUGGAGCGCAAAACAUUGUCCAGAUAUACUACGAUGAUGUGAUGUAGCGCGAUGACGGGAUGUGAGAGGAGGGGAUGAAAUGUUUUUUUUGUGCCGCUUGUGAUUUCUCCCUCUCAAAAUGAGCAAAUUUAAAUCAUUUCCUAAGCUAGAAUGAUUAUUUUUUGUGAUUGGUACACCGUUAUGUUUUAUAUAGGCUCAUUAUAUGGGCUGUAUAAAGAGUGCCGUUGAUUAACUGUCGGUUACUGGCAGUCAGGCCACUGUCAGAAUAACAGAUUUAUCUUACAAAGUAGCGAGCACCUACUUGUUGGGUUUAAAUUCACACAUUUAAAUCUAAAACAUGAUAUGAAAAUAGGUUGGAGGUGGAGUAAGUGUGCAAAACUUUCGCAGAAAGGAAAGGACGUCUUCACUGGGAAACACAGAAACAAUCUGAUGUUCGCUCACUCGUCUGCAUAGCGCCUAGCAAGGAGUCGGUGUUAGUGUGUGUGUCCGUGUGUGUGAGGAUGAGUGGUGGUAAAAAGAGGAGUGGCUUUCAGAUCACAAGUGUGACAUCAGACUUAAACCAAACUCCAGCCGGCCAAUCAGCUCCCAGCAUGGUCUUGACUAUCCUCCAAUCAGAGGCUUCCUCCUCCUGCAGCCCUCAGGGAAGCUCUUCCCAGCCAACCACGCCCUCUCUGAAGAGGAAAUACAUCUCCCAUGAUGCACUGGGGCAGGGGGCGGGGUCUACCUCCAGGUUCAGGGUGGUGAGGCUGGCAAUGGGCGGGACCGGCAGCAGUGGGCGGGGCGAACCAUAUCGCCGUGGGCGUUGGACAUGCACAGACUUUGCAACAGAGAGACAGGAAGGGGCGGGGUUCAGGUGGGUCAUGGACAGCAUGAGACACGCCCACUCGCUGGAGUCCCUGGAAAUUAUUGGCCGGGACAGAGACAGAGGUGGAGUCCACUCCCAGGACACCGCCCACCUGCUGGGUCAGCCAAUCAGAGGCAGAGAAGAGGCGGGGCUCGUACUGCGCAGCGGGCCGCCCUCCCCAACGCACCAAGAGCCAAUCAACAUCAGGCUCCUGGACCGAAAGAAGCCAAUUGGAGUGCAGGGUUUUGACUCCACCCCUCCACCGCUUUCACCCCGCCCACGAAACAUCCCUCCUCCUCUGCAAUUGGAUGUCGACGCCACAGGACGGUCUGUCCUCAGACUGUCUCACUCUCAGCCCAGCCCCCCCCCCGCUGGAUCAUACCGUCCCAAUCUGACCCCUAUUAAGACUCCUGCGGCCUUCACUCUGGACCAAACCAUCUUCAACCUGCCGGAGGACGACAGUACUUCAAGUAACAGUCUGAUUGCCAUCGACAACAAAAUCGAGCAGGCCAUGGAUCUGGUGAAGAGUCACCUGAUGCAGGCGGUGAGGGAGGAGGUGGAGCUUCUGAGGGAACAAAUCAGAGAACUGCAGGAGAAGAACCAACAGCUGGAGAGAGAGAACCACAUCCUCAGAACACUGACACAAAAUAUACACACAACAUGACACACCAUGACACAAAGACACACCCUGAUGAGCCAAAACAUUAUGACCACCUGUCUAACAUGGUAUUGGUCCUCCACCGGGACAUGGACUCUACAAGACCUCUGAUGGCCGCUGUGGUAUGCGCGCCCCCCCCCUCUCUGAGACUACACAGCCCCGUACACUCCGGGGUGUGAUGCACCUCCCAUAGCAUCAUCAACAUUUCUGGCCCUUGUACCAGAUCCACCCCUUUGUUGGUUUGUGGUCUGUCCCUCCUCAGACCACUGUCCCCCCUCGGACUGUCUGUAGGUCCUCUGGUGCUUGUUAAAGUGGCUCAGGUCUUCACACCUCCCCAGUUCUCCCACAUUCAACACGCUAACUACGAACCAACUGUUCAGUCACCAUCUGAUGUUUCCCAGACCUCGACGUGCGUCACGAGCUAAUCAGUGUUAUUCUCUCCAGAACCUUCUGGCUCAUUAACGUACAACACACACACUGACACACACCUGACUGACCACACACCGCUCACCUGAGAGAGUUGUCGUGAUAAUGAGUUUAACAGGCCGAUAAUCAGACUAAUCGGGACCCUGGUAACCACGACAACAGGACUGUUUACCUCAGCUGUGACAGCGGUGUGAUAUAUAGGAUCCAGAUGUUCUCUGUGAUAAAGAUGAUGAUGAAGAGUAGAGUCUAAUAAAUUAAUAAUCUGGGUCGGACUGAUGAUGAUGAUGAGAAGGAGAGGAGGAGGUGGAGAAGGGGAAACAGCAGAGGAAAUAGUUGACCCAGGGAGGAAGAGGAAGAGGAAGAGGAAGAUCGUAUUGUUCCAGUGUGAAAUGAAAAACAUGUUGUGAACAGAGUUGAAACAGAGUCAGUGUUGAACUCAUCAGCAGCUCCGUUUGAAUUUACUCAUGUUUUACUUUAAUCUGAGUCUGUUUCUUGUUAAACUGGUGUUGGUUUGUUCUUUUACUCUACGCUGCCAUGUAACUGGAUCACGACUUUAUUUAUCAGUGCAGGAGGCACCUUAGGUCAGCUGCUACAAAACUGUAGUGUAACAGAAGUCCAUUCUUCAUUAAUAUUCUUAACCCUAGUACCAAAGUCUGAGGAUAAUGCUGCCGAUAUUCUGUAUUUCCGUCACUGUCAAUAAAUCCGAUGAAAGACCAAAUCCAACGGCGUAUCACUCCAUCUCUCAGUACGGCUCUCAGCUCCAAGCCCGUUCAUUCCUACUGAAG